AAAUCUGCGACUCCAAAUCAGAGCCACUCACCCAAGAGAUACAGUCACCCCCUGCACAUACUUCGAUCUCCAUGGCCGAAACUUGAAGCUUCAUUCAAAUUCGUCAAGUUUAUGCGAAUCAUGGCCUCAAUCUCUACCUCUUUCGCCAUUUCACCGAGUUCUCGCUUCUAUUUUCAUCCUCUCAUCAUCACUCUUAAACCCGUAAUUGGCGUAAAGCCAUCUCCCGUUACUUUUCCGGCCAUUCAGACGCGGAUUUCGCUACCGGAAUCUAGGGCAAGGGGUUCGGUUCCGGUUGUGAGAGCGGGUAUUGAUAUUCCAUCAGAUAUCAGACCUGGAAGGGCAGUGGAGACUGAUAAAUUGCCGACGGAUGUGAGAAAGAGAGCGAUGGAGGCUGUGGACACUUGUGGAGGAAGAGUAACCAUUGGAGAUGUUGCAAGCAGGGCGGGACUUAAGCUCAAUGAAGCGCAGAAGGCUUUGCAGGCUCUAGCUGCUGAUACCAAUGGCUUUUUGGAGGUUUCUGAUGAGGGCGACGUUCUCUACGUUUUUCCCAAAGAUUAUCGUUCAAAGCUUGCGGCCAAAUCGUUUUGGAUCAAGUUUGAACCUCUUAUAGAGAAAUCAAAGGCGGCUGCUGAAUAUCUUGUCAGGGUUUCAUUUGGCACGGCACUAAUUGCAUCAAUUGUUCUUGUAUAUACUACAAUUAUUGCUCUUAUUUCAAGCAGAAGUGAAGAGGAUAAUCGUGGAAGACGCGGCAGAUCAUAUGAUUCAGGAUUCACAUUCUAUUUCAGUCCAACUGAUCUUUUCUGGUACUGGGAUCCAUACUACUACAGGAGACGCAGGCUACAAACAGAAGACAAUAAGAUGAACUUUAUUGAAUCUAUUUUCUCAUUUGUUUUCGGCGACGGCGAUCCAAAUCAAGGAAUUGAAGAAGAGAGAUGGAAGUUGAUUGGUCAAUACAUCACCUCCAAUGGUGGUGUUGUAGCUGCUGAAGAACUUGGACCAUAUCUGGAUGUAACAGAGGGGAACACGGAUGAUGAAUCCUACAUUUUACCAGUUCUUUUACGUUUUGAUGGCCAACCUGAAAUCGAUGAAGAGGGAAAUAUUCUAUAUCGAUUUCCCUCCCUACAGCGCACAGCUUCUUCUCAGCGGAGUGGAAGGAAGGAGUAUGUGGGUAAAAAAUGGGCUGAGUGGGUUGGAGGGAUUGAAAAGUUUUUCGAAGAGAAGAAAUGGGUCUUUAGUAAAACAAGUAAUUCAGAGAGAGCAAUGGCCAUUGGAUUGGGAGGGCUUAAUCUGUUUGGUGUUAUAUUCCUCGGAGCCAUGUUGAAGGAUGUUGCCGUUAAACCCAGUGGACUUAUCAACUUUGUAUCAGAUAUAUUUCCUCUACUGCAGGUAUAUGCUGGUUCGUUCUUCACGAUUCCAUUGAUCCGGUGGUUCAUUAUCCAGAAGAGAAAUGCUGAAAUAGGAAAAAGAAACCAAGCAAGGCAAAAGCGUGCCCGAGCCCUUGAACUGCCAGACGUGUCACUCAGACGCAAGCUCCUCAGUGCUCGAGACAUGGCUCAAAGAACUGUAAUUGGACAGGAUCGAAUUGUGUAUAGUAGUGAUCGAGAUCUAAUCGAGCAAAAUUAUGAGCUCCAAGAAUGGGAAAAGAAGUUCCGGGAGAUAGAAAAAUCAGAUUAAAGAACUGGUGGUAUCGAUUGGAAAGUUUAUUUCGUGUUUGCAGUCCCGUGAUUCCAAGGUAUAGACGAUGUCCCACAGAUUCAAAACCGCCAAGAUUUCACUAAGCUGUUGAUUAGCCCGCAGGGUAUGAGGGUGGCUUUCAAUGUUAAUUGGUGAAAUGGUUUCUCUGUUUGGGAGAGUACCGAAGAUUGUGAUUCUGCUUCAUAACAGAGCUUCUUUGUUUUAGGAUUAGACUGCAUAACUGUUAUUUACUAUGAAAAAAUUCAAGGGGGGCGGUCUAGGUCUUAUCAUUCCAACACUGUAAAAUUAAAAGAAUCAAAUUGAGAAUAUAGCACAGAACACAACAAUUUGCAGUCCUAUUUGGCUUGCGUUUAAUUCUAAUGUCUUGAUGGGCGCGCCACUACAAAGGAUCAGCCAUCUUGUCAAAACAUUCAAUA